AUGACGGAGGCCUCUGAGGUGAGAGAUGAGCAACGUCGGCUCAGAGAGCAGAUUCAUGAAGAUCUGGGGGGUGUGGCGACGGUGCUGAACACUAUCGCCGAUCUGCAGCUCGCGUUGACUCUCCGGCAUCGGGCGAUGAUGGACAUUGUCACUGGUUUGGCUUCCGACUCGGCUUCCAGGGACUUGGUCUUGACAGAGUAG